GGAAGAUUUAAGGUGCAUGGAUGAAAGUUAUGAUACAAGCAAGGUUGCAUUGAGUUUGUUAUUGUUGAUAAUAUACAAUUUCUCUGGCCAAAUUAUCACUUUCCACAAAAGAAAACAAGCCAAAUCUAGGGAAGCUGCUGCAAGGAUGGCUAGAAAAACUGUACAGGCUCGUGAAAGGUGGAAAAAGUUGAAAGGAAUUGCAAAGAAACAUGCAGGUGGGCUUCAGAAUCAAUUAUCUUCUACGUUUUCGUGCCAAAGUUCUGUUGAACAGCAAGAGGAGCUGAAGUUUCUCAGUCAAUCUCAGCAAUCAUCACCAGCAUCCACAUCAAAAAACAGGGAACCAGAAAAUGUUAUUAAAGUGAUGCAUUCACUUGAAGAGUACUCUGACAGCGGAGGAUUCAGUCUGGAAAUCGAAGAUAAAAACUUUAACAAAAGCAUGCCUAGAGGUGAAAAAAUGCAUACUCGUAGCCAGAUAUUUAAGUAUGCAUAUGGUCAAAUUGAAAAAGAAAAGGCUGUGCAACAGCAAAACAUGAACUUGACCUUUUCAGGACUAGUUUCUAUGGUUACUGCAGCUGAAAUCAGAACCAGGCCUAUGAUAGAGGUUGUUUUCAAGGACCUAACUCUAUCUUUAAAGGGAAAACAACUUCUAAGGUGUGUGACAGGAAAACUUAUGCCUGGCCAUGUAACUGCGGUCAUGGGCCCUUCAGGUGCAGGAAAAACCACCUUUCUUAAUGCUCUGGCUGGAAGGACAACUGGAUAUGAGAUGAGUGGUUUAGUUCUUAUAAAUGGAAAGGUUGAACCUAUUCGUGCAUAUAAGAAAAUCAUUGGUUUUGUACCACAAGAUGAUGUUGUACAUGGAAACUUGACAGUGGAGGAGAACCUUUGGUUCAGUGCAAGGUGCAGGCUUUCUGCUGACAUGCCAAAAGCAGAUAAGGUUCUGGCUGUGGAAAGAGUUAUCGAGUACUUAGGACUGCAAGCAGUACGGGAUUCCUUGGUUGGGACAGUAGAGAAGCGUGGAAUUUCUGGUGGACAGAGAAAACGAGUAAAUGUUGGGCUAGAAAUGGUUAUCGAACCAUCUUUGUUGAUACUAGAUGAACCUACAUCUGGUUUGGACAGUUCCUCAUCUCAGCUGCUUUUGAGAGCUCUUCGUCGUGAGGCACUUGCAGGGGUAAACAUCUGCAUGGUGGUUCACCAACCCAGCUAUACUUUGUUCAAGAUGUUCGACAAUUUGAUACUUUUGGCAAAAGGAGGUCUAACUGUAUAUCAUGGAGCAGUGGAGAAAGUUGAAGAAUACUUUGCAAACCUAGGGAUCAGUGUCCCUGAGAGAGUGAAUCCUCCAGACUACUACAUUGACAUUUUAGAAGGCAUAACAAACCCAGGCACAAGUAUGGCUGUUACCAGUAAAGAGCUGCCAUUCAGAUGGAUGUUGCAUAAUAAGUACGAAAUACCCCCAGAUAUGCAAGGUAAUCUUCGUGGAGUUGAUACAUCAAGUGGGGGUGGCAGAAUAAACUCUUCUAUGGAUGGAUCUGAUGGGCAAUCUGUUGCUGAUGAGGUAUGCGGAAAUUCCAAUGCUGCCCUAACCCUAAAGCAAUAUCAUAUGGCAAACAACUUCUCAAAGUUAAAAGAUUUAUCUAACAGAAGGACUCCUGGUAUUUUGGUGCAGUACAAGUACUACAUGGGAAGAGUCAUGAAGCAACAUUUACGUGAAGCUAGAGCACAAGUAGUUGAUUUUCUGAUCCUGGGUCUUGCUGGAGUCUGCUUAGGAAUGCUUGCUAAAGUGAGAGAUGAAACAUUUGGGAUGGAAGGUUACACGUACACUGUGAUUGCUGUUUCUCUCCUGUGCAAGAUUGGAGCACUAAGGUCAUUUUCACUUGAGAAGUUGCAAUAUUGGAGAGAAAGAGCAUCGGGCAUGAGUUCACUAGCUUAUUUUCUCUCAAAAGAUACAAUAGACCAUUUCAAUACAGCCAUCAAGCCUAUAAUUUAUUUGUCAAUGUUCUACUUCGUCAACAACCCAAGGUCAUCCAUUGCAGAUAAUUAUACAAUUUUGGUUGCACUUGUGUACUGUGUAACUGGCAUUGGUUAUAUUUUUGCCAUCUGCUUUCAACCAGGUUCAGCCCAACUGUGGUCUGCCCUGCUUCCUGUUGUUUUGACUUUGAUAGCAACUCGGCAGAAAAGUUCAAAGCUCCUAGCUGACUUAUGCUAUCCAAAAUGGGCAUUGGAAGCAUUCGUAAUUGCAAAUGCAGAAAGGUAUUCUGGUGUGUGGCUGGUAACGAGAUGUGGUUUGCUAAUGCGAAGCAGAUAUAAUAUCAAUUAUUGGAGCCUUUGUAUAUCCAUCCUCAUUCUUUACGGUGUAGUUUCUCGCUUCAUUGCUUUCUUGUGUUUGAUCGUAUUACAGAGGAAAUAAAGAUAGAAUUGUUUCAUUCUUUCUCC